CCCCUUCCCCAAGCAUCGCCCUCUCCCUCCUCCUCCUCCUCCUAUUUAAACAUCCCCAAGCCCCUUCCAACCGAAUCAAGAAAAGCUUCGCCACUCGUCGAACGCCAGUCGGUUAGCUCUCUCGCGAAAUUCUCCUGCAAGGUCCAAGCGCGAUCGAAAAAGGAUGGCGUCUUCGCUCGCUCUCUGGAGGGCCGCCGCCACUGCCGCCGCCCCGUCGGGCCUCCUGUCGAGGCUGACCAACCCGCUCCGCGCCGCCUCCGUCGCCCCUCACGCGGCCCGCUCCUUGAUCAUCGGCUCUGAGAUGCGGCGCUACGACAACGACGACAGCGAAGACGACGAAGACGACAGCGACUUCGAGGUUGAGCGCCACCUCGAGGUCGAGGUCGAGGGCGGCUCCGAUCGCCCCGCCACCCCCCGCCGCCGGGAGCCUGAUGAGUUUGAUCUGUUGUGGCCGAAUCUGAGCCUGAGCCAGCUGCUGAACCAGAUGGACCAGUUCAUGGGCGUGGGGGCUGCCGGAUGGAGGAGGGGCUGGGACGUGGAGGAGGACAACAGCGUCCUCAUCCUCCGGUUGGACAUGCCCGGCCUGGGCAGGGAGGAUGUGAAGGUCUCGGUGGAGCAGAACACCCUGAUGAUCAAGGGCGAGGGCAGGAAGGAGUCGGAGGAGGAGGAGGAGGAGGAGGAGAGCAGGAGGAGGUACUCCAGCAGGCUGACUCUGCCGCCGAACCUGUACAAGGGCAAGAAGGAGUUGGAGGAGAGCAGGAGGAGGUACUCCAGCAGGCUGAAUCUGCUGCCGCACCUGUACGAGCUCGGGGAGAUCAAGGCGGUGAUGAAGAAUGGCGUGCUGAAGGUGGUGGUCCCCAAGGUGAAGCAAGGAUAUUGUAAGUUAAAUCAAUUGUAGGAAGGGACUUCCUUGGGGGGUGAAGGUGCUAGUUUUCCCUUUUUCUCUAGCAGUAAUUUCUGUCUGGUGUUUCCAGAGAUGACUCUUUAGACAAUAAUAGAUAGAGAAGCAAGAGGAUGCGUGGCUCUUCCGCUUGCUUCGCUUCUUGA